UUGGGAGAGGGGGGGGAAAUCCCCCGGAGCCGCUGGAGUCUCGCGUUUCUUGGCUUUCGCCCCUGCAGUUUUAAGCUUUUUCGGCUUAAGCUUUUUCUGAGGAGGGCCCCCGUCCCCUGCCUCUCUACCAACAGAGGCCGCCUCUCGCAAAGGACGUCAUUGGGCUUAAGCCUGUGGAUGAGGAAAUGCGGAGGAGCCAUUGCUCAAGGUCCAAAGGCGGAGCGGAGUCGCAAUGAGGAAAGAGGUGAAGGAAUUGAGCCGCCUUUGAAUCCCCGCCUAAAGGGCUCGUUUUGUGUGAAAAGGUUGUUUGCAGCCUUGCUCCAUAAGCACACCUUUUACUGUGUAGAGGCUGAAAUAGAAAUGAUGUCUUUGGACAGCUUUCAGAGGACAGUCCAUAAUCCGAUUAUUCCAUUUGUUGAGUCUAUAAUUGAUGGUAUUUUGCCUGGAGAACGUGUUGUGGUACGUGGGUUAGUUCCAAAAGAUUCAGAGAGGUUCCAAAUAGACUUCCAGUGUGGAAGUACCACAAAGCCUCGGGCUGAUGUUGCCUUUCAUUUCAACCCUCGGUUCAAAAAAUCAGGUUGCAUUGUCUGCAACACUCUGCAGAAUGAAAAGUGGGGCUCGGAAGAGAUCACGUAUGGGAUGCCUUUUGAAAAAGGAAAACCAUUUGAGAUUAUCUUUAUGUUUCUACAAGAGAAAAUUCAGGUGUCCGUAAAUGGAAAGCACUUGUUGCUUUACAAACACAAAAUUAAUCUUGAAAAAAUAAACACCCUUGGAAUAUAUGGAAAUGUGGAGAUCAACGUGAUCGGAUUUGUUUCAAAUAAGGAAGCAUUACCUGAUAGUUCACAAUUUGUCAUUCCUUAUACUGCUAGACUCGAUUCUCCUCUUGAGCCUGGGAGAACAAUUGCCAUUAAAGGUGAAAUUAAAGAGAAAGCAAGCAGAUUUACAGUUAACCUUAAACCCAGUGAUUCUGACGAUAUUGCUCUGCAUCUGAAUCCCCGAAUGAAAGAGAAAACAUUUGUGAGAAAUUCCUACCUGUUCAAUUGUUGGGGAGAAGAAGAGAAGGAAGUCCCUCAUUUUCCUUUCAGUCCAGGAAUGUACUUUGAGCUUAUAAUACUCUGUCAAGCUCACCAGUACAACGUUGCCAUCAAUGGAGUCCACACUCUGGAGUACAAACACCGCUUUAAACAACUCAACAAGAUCAACACAAUUGAGAUCUCAGGGGACAUUCUAUUGCUCGAUAUGAAGAGUUGGUAGUUCUGCAGGAAUACUUGUGCAGUUCCUGAAAUUACUUGCAGAAACAUCUCCUUUAUCCCUUUUUUCCUAAUCUUGAGAACUCAAGAUUAAUGAUAAAAAACUGAUUCCAGACAUUUCUUCAUUCUUGCCCUGAGGAAGAACUUCAGAUAUUCUUACUAAUAACUAACCACAGCUUACAUAUUAACUAACUAUACAAUAGAACAAUUUGGUAUACUAAGUGAUAUACCAGCUCUUGCUACAAAUAUCAUGUUUAAGGAUGAAUAGUGAAUCUGAAGAUUAGCAACAGGAAGCAAUUUGUGAAGCACUGAGAAAUUCCUUAAGAGUUUUUAUGUGUGCCUCUUUCACCUUUUAGAUCUUUUAUAGAAAUCAUGGUGAAAAUAUUUAUCCUAACAGAAUAGGGAAAUGCCAUAUUCUAAGUCAGGCAUGGGCAAACUUGGGCCCUCCAGAUGUUUUGGACUCCUACUGGCUGUUAGGAAUUAUGGGAAUUGAAGUCCAAAACACCUAGAGGGCUCAUGCCUGUUCUAAGUGAUAAUCAAUUGGCUGCUUUUUUUAAAAACACAAAUAUAUCUUGGAACAUACCUCCUCUAGGAUUGCCCUGUGAGUGUUCAACUACGUAUUUUAAAAGAGUGUAAACAACUUCCCAUGAAGAAUCUUUCUGCAGAAUGGUGUAAUUCAAAUGGGAAAGUUCAUAUGCAUUACUUCAUAAUUGCAGAUUUUAGACACAGGGUGCUUUUUUUUCAGCUGAACAAUCUAAAGCAUCUGUAUAUAGUUCUAACAUCAGAACUGAAAUAUGACUUCUAUGAAGCUAUAACAAAAACUCAGAUUUAUGUCUUCCACAAAUAAAGCCAAAUUUGUAUAUCAUAAA